GCUCGUGCGCAGCAGACAGUUGAGGACCGUACAGCGCCUGUGCAAACCUAACGCCGUCGAAGACGCGCCGAGCGCAAAAAGACGAACGACACGCAGCUGCCGUGGCAACCACUUGUUACGCGCACCGAUAAACCGCACGGGUGGAACUGAGCGAGGCGAUUACUUCUGCUCGCGACCGUGACAAAACCACAAACCGGAGCAUUUUUUUUUGUUAUUUUGUGUGUGUGUGUGUUCUGACCACCGCCGUUGCUACCGUUUUGCGGCAGUUCACUUCCGCGGCGUGCUUUCCCACCCCCGUGUGCGGGUGACCGGCUGAGCGAGGAAGCGCGGAGUGCGUGCGGCAGUGGAGGUGUUGUUGCAUGGCAGCGCAGUGAUGGUGACUGGAGGGCCGACUGCAGGUCCGGGGCCGGCGCCGUGCGUCGUGACGCCCGCCCCCACGCCCCCGCCGGGCUCUGCGGCCGCCGCAGCCGCAGCCUCCACGUCCCCGGCGCCCGAUGUCGGCGGCGGACCGAUAGCCGUGCAGCGGCGCAGUGCCAGCGAAACGCGACGGAGCAACAAGCCCAUCAUGGAGAAGCGGCGACGUGCCCGGAUUAACAACUGCCUCAACGAGCUCAAGACUCUCAUCCUGGACGCCAUGAAGAAAGAUCCGGCGCGCCACUCGAAGCUGGAGAAGGCGGACAUCCUGGAGAUGACGGUGAAGCACCUGGAGUCGCUGCAGCGGCAGCAGUCGGCGAUGGCGGCGGCGACGGACCCCUCGGUGGUGAACAAGUUCCGCGCCGGCUUCAGCGAGUGCGCCGGCGAGGUGGGCCGCUUCCCAGGGCUGGAGGCGAACGUGCGACGCCGCCUGCUGUCGCACCUCGCCAGCUGCCUCAACGGCAGCGCCAUGGCCGCCCAGGCCGCCACCGCAGCCGCGCAGGCCGCCUCCGUCCACGACCACCACCAGCAGCAGCAGCAGCAGCAGCCUGCAAACACUGCUGGAGUGACGGCAGCACCCACACAGCAGGUGACAGCUAUGCCUGUGACUGCAGCACCGACAACAGCGACAGCCACGGCAGUGCAGGUCCACAUUGUACCUGCCGUGGGCACCUCUGGGGAGCAUGCGACUGGCCCGCUGCUGCUGACGACAGCGGGUGCAGUGAGUGCCGGUGGGUUGCAGCUACUACCCACCAGGCUGCCCAAUGGAGACAUCGCGCUAGUGCUGCCUCGUUCACAACUACCUCAACCCCAGCAGCAGCAGCCGUCACAACAGCAGCAGCAACAGCAGGGUCAACAGCAAUCCACCCCCACCGUACUGCCUACACUGGUGCCAAUACCCACACGCACUGCCUCCACUGCUUCUGCAGCCUCCUCCACAUCGAGCAUGUCUUCUGUCUCGUCGGCAUCCUCUUCUCCUUCUGGAAGUGCCUCAGGAUCUUCAUCUGCAUCAGUGUCACCAGUGGCCUUUGAGAGGCUGGCAGUCAAUAGUAGCCCUCCUGCACCUCCGUUAGUCAGUCCCCCUGCACCAACGGUAGUUGUUGCUGCCCCUCCCAUGGUCUCGUCGCCAGUACCUCCCACGCCACCUGCACCCACCUCACCUGUCGUCCUGUGCCGGGAUGUGGCUACGUCACCAGCUAACCUUUAUUACCAGCCGAGGCCUUAUAGCCCACCAAUGCAGAAACCUCUCUCAUUAGUUGUCCGGAAGACGGCACAGCCUGUUGAGGAAGAGAAACCCUGGAGACCAUGGUGAUGUAGAAAUUAUUCAACUGUGUAAAUUAAACAUCUGGUGUUACAAAUACGCAAUUCUGGAUAGAACAUCUUUAAAGAAUUCACGAUGGAAGUUCGUACUGAAAAAUUGUCAAUCUGAAUAAACGUUUUUGUUAUGAUGAGAUACAUCGUGGGUGAUAUAAUUUACUUGAGUGGCAGUUUGUUUCUUAUAUAUGAAAUGUGUUUUUGGUGGUUUCUUUUGAGGUGUGCAAUACAUCAAGCAGUAUGUUGGCCCUGAACUGUUUAGCCAGUAUGCAGUCAUCUGUCACUUUUUCUUUUUUUACAGUAUGGCCUGCUUUAGAGAUUUUGGUGUCUGAAACAAAAGUAAUGAUGGCCAGAAUGUCCAGACUGAUUUUUAGGUUACUUUAUACAUUAUUCUACUGCUCUGUGUGAGACCAAUUCAUAGAAACACCUUGUUGCAAAUCUGUUCUUAUUUAAUAAAAAGCAACAAUGAAAUUUAAUGGCAGUUCAUGUGAGGAAUUGUGCAUUUAUUACUUGUAUCAAAACUUGGUUUAAGAGAGAUGCUAUGAGGUAUAGUACUGUACAUGUGAAAAGAAAUUAAAAAAAAAAACACUGUCAAAAUGAGUCAGGGACUGCGAAUACCCAUUCCCAUUCACAAAUGAAGUAGCAGUCUCUGAAACUAUCUUUGUUCUGUUUUCAUAAUUAUGGAUUUCAAUUACAUUAUGAGAUUUGUAAAGAUAUUUUGGUUGAUUAACUUUGAUAAUUCUUUAUGCCAUACUUGAUCUGUUCAGCUAACAUGAUCUCUGUUACACAUAUUUAUGGCAGCUGUGUUACUUUAUUUCAUAUGAUAUUCAUUAUGCUCCUCAGUAGUGAUGUUUUCUGAUGAUGGGUCCAUACAGAAAAUAUGGACAAAGGACAUUAUAUUUCAAAUAACUAUUCUGAAACUUCGCAGUAGUGAUUUAAGUGCCUUAUGGAACAUCUGAAUCAGAAGUUAUGCCUUGACACACUCAGAAACCGAUUUCCUGGUAAAUGACUAAACUCGUUUGACAUUUGGUUUUUAUGAGAUGUAUUCCACAAAUUCUUAAGAGGUUGUCACAGCAUAUUUGUUCGGACUUCUAUGAGUCUCUUUUUCUCCAUGGAGAAUGGCAGUAUCAUUUAAAAGACAGUGACCAAAGUGUUUACUGACAAAUCUCCCUUCCUACAGUUUUUUUACUGUUUGAACCCAAGUGUGUUGUGAGCACCACAUUAUGAAAAAGGUGCCUUAAUUAGGUUACAGUUCCUGACACUAUUUUUUGAUAUCUUAAAACUGAAACUAGCUAUCUGCAAUUGUUCUUGGUAUAGCACCUGAAAUAUUAUAAACAAAUAUUACAACCCAUGAACUGUGUUAAUUUAGUGUUGUAAAGUUGAUAUUUUUUUACCUUUUUUUGACAAUGUUAUUUCUCACAAAUACAGAAGUGUUGUGAAGUUACUUCCUUGUGGAGUAAAACAGAUUUAUAACAAAUGUUUAUUGGAGAUUCAAGAAGUGAUAAUUUGAUGUUGUAAGAAACAUCAUUGCCUCUUGAACCACAGAACCGUCCAUUAAAUUGCAUUCCUAACAUUUACAUGCUCUGGAUCUCCAUAAGUGAUAUUACUCCAUUAAUUUGUUGUCUGUUUACAACUUCAAUGUUGCCAGUACUAGCCUCUCUUUUCAGUUUUAGUGUGUGGGUACAAACCUCUUGUGGGAGUCCUAAUUCCAUAUUAUUUUGUUAGUGGGAGCAAAGUGCUGGAAUUUUGCUCAAAUGGAAUCUAAAUUAUCAAAGUAAUACGACAGGCGAAGACCCAAAUGAGCCUGAAUUUAUAUAAGUCUCAUAAACUUUGAGAAUAAUAUGCUAUGCUUAAGAUUCACAUAAAAGAGGGGAAGGCUGAGCCCAGGCUAUAUAUACUUGUAAUAUGACUUUUGGGAAGUAAAUGAACAGAUGUGAUCAAAACCUAAUUUCUUCAGCUUACAAACAGCUACAAUUUUGUGAUCACUGCAAUGAUCAAACUAUUCAUGCCAAACUUUGAUGUGAAUAUAUUUCAUCCUUGUGAUAACUCCAGUCAUUACUUACAGAAAUAUCCAAAAAUUCUAGUGUUGCAACUUCUUCUUCACUUCUCCUAAAAAAUGAAAUAUAUAUUGAACUGCCAUAUGAACAGAUACUUACAUUUUAUAAUAAAGUUAUCUUAUAAAAGAGGAAGUGUGCUCAAAAUGAUGACUGCCAUCUUGUAACAAAUAUUAUCCAUGUUGACCGUUUGCUCAGUAUUAAAUGUGAGAGCACAUUGAUGGCAUCUAUAUAAAAUAGAUUCUAUGUUGUAUAUAUGUCUGUGUUACAUUUUAUAAAGUAAAUAUUUUUCUACUCUUGUUAAACUAUUAAAGGAAGAAAGUUGACUGAAUAUUCCUGUUUCUUCCAUUGCUGUAAAUAUUCCUUUGCACAAAUUUUAUGUAGAUAAUGUUGUAUAUAAUUUUGUAUGUAGAAUAGUUAGUAUAUAUGUUUCGCAUCAUGUGCCUUAUACAACAAAAUCACAAAGGUCUUCCACAUAUGUUGUAUAAAGUUUGUUAAUCUAUAGCAAGAUAAACUAUUUAUGCAUAUAUUCAUGUUUAAAUU